AGAAAGGGACGAGGAUGUUGGGUGGGUUUGAAAGCAAUGGGAAGGGCAACAGAGGCGGCAGAUGCGUGGAGGCAAUUUGGAUCCCAUAUAUCAAUAUCACCAUAGAAGAAAAAACGCGAAAUCCAAAAAUACAGAAAAAAAAAAUGAUAUUGAAAUAGAAAAAGCAGGCCGAAAUCUCAAGUGCUAAAGAGUGGAAUAAAGGGAGGAGCUUUUCCCUCUACCCUGAAAGUGAUCACUGGAGGAAUUCGAUGAGUGCAAUUCAUAAUUAAGAAAUCGAAAGAGCUCAAUCAAUAUUGAUUCGACUGUUUCAAUUAUCACUUCACUUUGGAUCCAUGGCUGCAGUCUGCAGAAUGGCCUCGCUGCUGCUAUAUCUGUACAGAUUAAUAGUAUUUAAUGUCAAUAUCCUCUUCUAAACAUGAAAUUUAUUCAGUAAUGACAGAGAUGAAAAAUCCAAUCUUCUUUUUUUUUGGUUUAGUUCCUAAGGUCAAAAGAAAGAUGCAGGUGGGAGGGCAUUCAGCAAAAGAAAAAAACAAAUGGAAAGUGGAUAAAAGUGGAUUCGAAACGAAAUAUGGCAAUAUCUCUAUUGCUUGUGAGAGAGCUCACAACUCAAAAGCAAGACAAAAUUGAGGCGUAUUUUGGAUGUUUUAGUUCAGUUUGCCAUAUCUAUCACUCCUUACUCUUUAGGAUCCUCAAAACGCCACCGAAUCCUGACCGUCCAAUCUAUCAGCAAAAGAUUCUCAACCGAGUACACGUGCUUCUUAUCUUUUUAUUCCCUUCUUUAGUCUUUUGCCUCCAUGCAUGGAAUUCUCCUCAACUACAUCACAAACAAGAGAGAGAAUUUAGAGAGAGAGAGUGUGUGUGUGUGUGACAAAGUCAUGCCUUUGCGUUGAUUGUUCUUCAUAGGCCUGUUCGUCGCCAUCAUUAGCGACCCCUUUCUGCACAAUUCCGAAAUUUCUUUUCCACCCCAUUACAUUUAUGAACAUUCAAGAGGAGAUAGAGUACAUGGAGCUGGAAUUUAAAGGGACCCCUACUGUGGUUCGAAUCUCGUACUUCACCAAACUGUCACAUCUGAGCCCUUUUUGAUUCCUUGUUUAUCACCACUAGAAAAAAAGAAGAAGCAAGAAACUUCAUGAUCUGCAGCAGAACUUCUCGAUCUGGGUCUGCUUCUCAACCGUUCUCGUGUUCUUAUUGGAACAAGAUCAUGAAUGUAACGUUCUUCGAGAUUUGAGGUAAGACUUUGUUUUCACAUUUUGUUUUUGUCUCCUGGAUAUCGUUGGUUUGCGCGAUCAAAUUUAUCCAUGGAAGAAAAGCACAAAAAGAAGUUCGUGUGCAAGUUUUGCAACAAGAGAUACCAAUGUGGGAAGGCCUUGGGCGGUCACAUCAGAACCCACAUGAAUCAUCAGAAUUCAGCUGAGAAAGAAGAAGUCGAAGCUCAUGCUGAUUUAGUGAAGUUUCCAUCUCUGGAUGGUGGAAAGAAUAGCAAGAGAGAUUCUGGGCCUAAAACUGCUGGUUGGAAUUUCAAUUACAGUCUUAGGGAGAACCCCAAGAGAACAUCGAGGUUUGUGGAUUCAGGAACUGGUUCACUUCAGGAAAGGGUUUGCAGAGAAUGUGGCAAAUGCUUUCAAUCAUUGAAAGCUCUCUGUGGUCACAUGGCUUGCCACUCAGAGAAAGAGAAGCUAAUUAGCAAAUUUGAGGAGCAGUCAAAGACUAGUGAGAACCAAAAACCAGAAAUGGACACUCAGUCAGUUACCGAUACAUCAGCUCCGAGGAAGCUUAGGAGAUCGAAACGAAUGAGGUACAAGACUCUUGAUACAUACCCUUCUAUUUAUACUUUGGCAAAUGGUUCCUCAUCUGUCUCAGAGAUUGAACAAGAACAAGAAGAGGCGGCAAUGUGUUUGAUGAUGUUCUCUAGGGACUCUGUUUGUAGAGAUGGUUUGAAUUCUAUGGCAGAAUCUUCGAAUAACAAUUCUGUGGUUUUAGAGGCCAAAUCAUCGUCUAUCGAUUUGAAAAUUACUGUGAAGAAUGUUGGGAAUUAUGUAUCUGACAUGAAUGAUUUUGUAAAGCUGAAGAAGCGAAGUGACGAGUUGAAAACUUCAGACACUAGCCUUUCUGAUAAUUCUGAUUCUGGGUAUUUUAGGAAUGAACCCAAAAAAGCUGAAUCAGAUGUUUCUAUUUAUGGGUCUGUUGCGAGUGGUGAAUUUAAGAAUCCCAAAGUGGAAUCUGGAUAUGGAACUGGAGGCUUUAAUGCCGAAUUGGGUAAAAGUCCAAACAGAUUCAAGUUGUGUGUCAAGACCUCUAUUAACCGAACUAUGCCUAAUCAUUCCAAGAAGAGAUUGGGAACAAAGAAUAGCAAGGGACAUGAGUGCCCAAUUUGCUUCAGAGUUUUCCGGUCGGGGCAAGCUUUAGGUGGUCACAAGAGGUCCCAUUUUUUUGGAGGUUCUGAAGAAGGAACUAUCGUGCUCAAGCAAGAGGUCCCCGAGUUUCAUAGUCUAAUUGAUCUUAACCUUCCUGCUCCUGUCGAGGAAGAGGCAAAUGGGACUGCCGAGUUCAUGCCAUGGUAGGUUUCAAACAUCCACAAAAGCUCGAUUUGCCGCUGAGCAACUUUGAUAUUUUUGGUCAUGCUUCCGUGAUGAUGCGAGGGUGUACAAAAAAAUUGGCCAAAUUUUUUCAUUUUCCCAUUUUACUUCAGAUUCAAGGGUGUUCAUUUGAGCUAAAUGUUCCAAUAUUACAGCUUCUGGCACCGUAAGCAGUACCUUUUCUUGCUUUUUUUUACUUGCUUUCUGGGCUGCAGCAUUAUUUCUUGCAAUUGAAGUUCUUCAUUUAUUUGGUUGUUUAGUGUUAUUAACUCCGGAGUAUUGAGUUCAUUCAUCUA